CCGGGACCACGGCACUCCAGAGACCUAAUAUCAACACUACAUCAGCACUGCUUUUCUACAAGUCUAUUCUCAUUCAUCAUCUAGUCAUACCCCAUUUAGUCAUAACUUGAACCUCAAACACCUCGCGUAAUAAGUCCUUCCAGAAGCAGCAUCAUGGCUGCUUAUCCCUCAAUCCUCCGAAUCAUGCAUAUCAGCGCGACCCGACAGUUUGGUAAUAAACGGCCCGUUUACAAGGCAAAUUUCCCCCCCUUCUGCAACCACAUUGAAAAAGAAUACCCGUCCUUUCCGUGCCCUAUUCUGCCUAAACCUCCGAAAUACAGGUGAAACGAGGACAAUGACACUCUUGUGAUUGCUUUGGGUAGGCUCCUUGUUGAUCAAUAUCCAUUCACUUGCAUAAGUUAUGUCUUCAACGGCGGUCACUCCUGUUUCUGAUAGAGUUCUUCAAGGCUAGCCCUACCAAGCUGCAUCAGGUUGUUUGAAAAUGCUCCGGAGCCAUAUAGCUAACUGUCUAUAAUUCGGAGAUGAUCUACCUGUGGGUUGUAAUGCCUCGGUGGGUUCAUGACGUUCUACCAUGCUUGGUCCUGCUUGUUGUACUUGUAAGGGUGAUUAUGUCAAAUGUCCGUCCCUUGUCCUGCCUUACCGCCUGGCCCGAAACCUGAAGUUCGAUCGCAAGAACACCCCCACAAGCUAAAAAGUUCAGGCAUGUCAAGGGGGCAGAACCACGAUCCCCUCACGACGGCGCGGCACGGCCUCGGUUUCCGGAACCAGCAGUGGGGUGCGUUUGUGGUCCCAAGGUUCCAUCCGUUCCGUGAGAAGGAGAAGAAGGGCAACACUGCCGGAGAUUAUUUAGGUAGAGACGACACUGGGUGCUGUGAUAUGGAGGGAGCGAGGGAGAGAGAGAGUUUCAAGUGGGAGGCAAAGCAGACAGAGAGAGACACAAGUAAAAUUAAGAGGCGACGGCGUAGCAGCAUUGAUAAGAAAUGACAAACCAACAAACUUCAGAUAGAAAGUGUCAC